CCGCUCCCACGGCAUAUGGAGGUUCCCAGGCUAGGGGUUGAAUCGGAGCUGUAGCCACCGGCCUACGCCAGAGCCACAGCAACGCAGGAUCCGAGCCGCGUCUGCAACCUACACCACAGCUCACGGCAACGCCGGAUCGUUAACCCACUGAGGAAGGCCAGGGACCGAACCCGCAACCUCAUGGUUCCUAGUCGGAUUCGUCAACCACUGCGCCACGACGGGAACUCCUUAUUAUUUGCUUUUUAGGGCUGCACUCGCAGCCUAUGGAGAUUCCCAGGCUAGGGGUCGAAUUGGAGCAGUAGCCGCCUGUCUACACCACAGCCACAACAACUCGGGAUCCGAGCUGCGUCUGUGAUCCACACCAUGGCUCUUGGCACCGCCGGAUCCUUAACCCACUGAGCAAGGCCAGGGAUCAAACCCGCGUCCUCAUGGAUGCUAGUCAGGUUCGUUUCUGCUGAGCCACAUCGGGAACUCCAUUUAAUUUCCUGCAAAUGUUAACAGCCGUCAAGCCAGCCGUCGUCGGGGCUGGGUGGGGGGCGGGGGGUGGAACAGAGGCUCUUCAGGAGGAGGAGGAGGGGCAGGACUUGGGCCCUGGGCCACCACCCAGGUGUGGGGACUUGCGGGACAUGGCUGACCAAGGCUGAGAGCAGAGGGCGGCCCUCCCCACGUGGACAGACGCCCCCCACCUGGGCACCGAGCUGUGCCUCCUCCCCUAGGCUGAGCUUCCCUGUGCCGGGCGCCCAGCAGUGGGGGGGGGGGAUUCUCCUCUCUGAGCCCGCUCCCACCCCAGACACAUUGUAUUGAAUUUUUCCAGGUCCUUCUCUUCAAGUUUGUGUCCUCACUGGUCUCCCUCACAGGAAUAUAAGUCUCUUAAAACAAAGUAUUGUGGUAACUACAAAUAUUCGUAGUCUCAGCCCUGAAGGAGCAGCGUUUAAUGUGUUCCGAAUUUUUCUGAAUAAAAAAGUGGGUUGUGGCAGGACUUGGUCCAGAGAGACGGGACACCGAGACUUAUUUCCAGGAAGCAGCAUUUACUGGUGCGGUGCGGGUGCAGCGGAUUUGCCUCCAGAGGCUGAGCCCCUGACACACCCGCUUAGGUUUCCCGCCGCCUUUUGAUCCUUUCGCCCCCCUUAUAAGGUAACAUACAUUCUGUAAAUUCUCACUGGGUAGUUGGUCCUGACGGUCACAGGGACCCAGGACAGGCAAGAGUGCCAAUGGCACGUCUAGAGCUCUGGGCACUCAGCCACCCCGGGUGAACAAAGCCUGGGUCGAGGAGAAUGCGAACUUGAAGCCAUGGGUCCAGAGCAAGCGCUGUGCACCAGACAUCUGGGGAGAAGACCCUCUGACCCUGCAGCGGCUGGACCCACCCGUCCCGCGGCGCCACGGCCACCGGGGCCAGGACCCCUUCCUGCGCUGGGCAGGCGGCAGGCACGCAGCAGGCCCCUUCUGCCCAGCCCUCCACCUCUCACGACUGCAGAGACGGGGCUGCCGGCGAGAAGGGGGCAACGUUCACCCCCAGCCUUGACGUUGUCAUAUCCCCAAACCAGUGGACAACUGAGAACAAGAGGCAUUUUGUGAAAUGACGAGCUUUUGAAUCGUUUCUCCUAUUUCAACUUGCAUCUCCUCUUGUCUCCUCGUAAAUAGUUCUUCUGGCAAAUAACGUGUUCUGACAUCAGAGGACAGCGUUCAGUGUCCAAGAACCCGGUCUCUGAGAACGGAGUUCUCGCUGUUGGCUGCACCUUGAAAGCUUGGUAUUGCACUUAUUUCGGGUGGUCAGCUGGGAUAAGGACCUCUGCCGCCUUCGACUCCAUGUGGGCACUGCUGACCGUGAACUUAGUGUGUCCAAACCACACUUUUGCGAGUAUUUGUUUCUCUUUUAACUUUAUGGAAUCCCCCAACUAGCUGGAGGGCUGGCAAGUGUGGAAAGCGUGUGUCCCUUUAAGGCUGGGAGUCGGUUUAGAAUCCACCUGCUAUUUCCUGAUUUUCUGAGAUGGGCGGGGAGGGGUCGGAGGGGGCCAUGGCCCAGAGGAACAGGAUCCUGGCCGGGGACCGUGACCGCCUCGCGCUAGGUGAGGGGGCAGGUCUGCUGGGGCGGCUGAGAGACGAGGCCUUCCCCAGGCUGAGUGAGGACACUGGCCUAUUUCUUCUUCAGAGACAUGGGAGAGAGGCCCCUUUUCAGAGUUAGAGAGGGGUCAGCUCAAGCCAACUUCCCAACCAAGGUUCAGUAAAACCCGACUGAGGCUGGAGGGAUGGGGAUAUGAGGAAAUUCAUCAGCCUUUGCUGUUGGUAUUUUUCUGUCACCGCGGUUGAAUCAUUCGCUCUUAUGAUUACAUGUAGUUUGAGGUGUAUGAGUAAACCCGUUGCUGCUGAUACACGGGUGCCAUCUCGUCCGAGUUGGAGGCAUCCCUGUAGGCCUGCCCGUCCCCCGCUCUCGGUCCCGGGAGGGUCACUGGUUUCCUUCUGAAUCAGCCUUAAUCCUCAUUUUGAUAAAAGCCCGGCUUCCCUAAAGCAGAAGGAAGGAAGGGCGGACGGCUGAGGAGUGGGUUUCAAAGGAGGCCUCAGGCUUUCAGGGAACUUGGUUUCUCGGGUGGAGUCCUGUUUUCAGUUGCGGAGAGCUUGGGCCCCGGGGACGCGCUGUCCCCUGGCCUGUGUCCCCCCCCCACACACACACAGACGGGCUGGGGAUGAACCAGUGUCCUUCUCUGAAAGCCCGCAGCUGGAGGGCAGGAAGUCAGGAAGGUGUCUGGAGCCUGGGGACGGCAAGUCCUGCCUCCAGAGGUGACAAGGGUCCGCUGAGACAAUCCUGACCACACCCGAGGUCACAGCCGAGGUCAGAGCCGAGGAUGUUGAGGGCGCGCCUGGGGGCCGAGGAGCCAGAGGACACGGGCCGCCCAGAGGAUGGCAGGACUGGGCUGGACCCUGAGCCGGCGGCCGGGGAGGCCGGCAGGGCCGAGGAGAUGCUGUGGCUGCAGCAGCAGGUCUCGGGGCUCCGAGAGGCGUUCAGGAGGCAGGAGGACCACUGGGCGGCCACGCACCGCGCACUCCGGGCCCAGAUGGAUGCGCUGACGAGGCAGAACCAGGAGCUGCGGGCUGGGCUGAGGGCCUCUGAGCUGCGGCGUCUGGAGACCAAGAAGGCCCUGGCGGGGUGCCUUCGGAGACAGUCGGACACUCAGCCCAUGUGUGUAGAGAUGGAAAGAAUCCACUCUGCGGAAACGGUAUCAUGUGACGGUGGAGACAAAACCCUUUCCAGGAAGCAAGGCAGAAGCGCAAAGCCUCCCGGGAGGGAAACGCCCCGUGAAGACAAUCCAACCUCAUGUGAGGACGAAAAGAAAUGGAGCUGCGGGGAGUCCCCGGUGCCAGCAGCUUGUGUCAUCGCCCUUGAGGACCCGCCAGCUGCUGACCACGCGGACACCCACCCAUCGCCCCCUGAGGGCCCUGCAGGCAGCCCCCCGACCCAGGCUCCGAGGGCUGAGUCCACGUGUUCCUCCCCGGACAUCGAGGAGCCACAGAAUCUUCCUACAGAACCAGAGUCUCCCCCCAAAACAGCCCAGCACCAGGGCGCCCAGAGACAACAGGAGGAAGGGGAGGAAGUCCAGCACCCCGACGACAAGGACUCCCGUGUUUCCCUAAAGGCGGGACAGGCACUCGGUGAUGGCUGUAAAGUGGACACCUUGGCAAAAGGCACCGAGAGGCACACGCGUGCUGAAAAGGCCACCUUCCCAGGACUGGUUAAUGGGGACAUGACGAAGAUCCGGCCAGACCAGAGGCUGGUGUGUACGACCCACGCCUUCACCUUUAAAACAUCCAACCCGAACCAAUCACUGGGGAGAUUUCUGCUCCUCCACACCUUCAACUCUGAGGGCUCAGGAAGGAGGAUGGGCACUGGGCAGGAGCCAGGCGUUGGGCAGGUGGGCUGUGCUGGGACCGAUGGCCUUGGGCAGGUGAGACGCUACAUCAACCAGAACCUCGGAUUUCCAGGGCAGCGGCCUCCUGCCUGUGAAUCCUCACUGAGCCGUGCAGCGACCGGCCAGGCUCCCCAAGCUGCUCUAAGCCUCGGGAAAAUGAGGUUAAUCCGAAGGAUGGUUCUGAAGGUCAAGGACACGGAGCAUCACUAACGCCCACUCAAUAGGAAACACUUAGAAAAAAGUGUCACUGAUUCUAGAAGAAGCAUUAGUAUUGCAAGAAGCUUAGGCGGAGAGUCAGGAACUUAAGCCUAGUACCCACUGGAGGCCAGGUCCAGGAGACAGUUUCUCCUUUCUUCAGUUGAAUGGCUUUUGCGCCGUCUGGUGGGAGAAGGAGCUGGUCUCCCCGGAGCUGCCCACUUGGUGCUGGGUGCUGGGAGCUGGGUGCUGGGUGCUGGGUGCUGGGUGCUGAGUGCUGGGUGCUGGGUGAAACACAGGCCUUGGAGCCACAGGGACCUGGAGCGAAAUUCCCAUCAGUGACCACAUGUAUCAAACACGAGCAAAUUAACAGAUCUCAUCAACCUUCAGUUGCUGCAUCUGAAAAUCAGGAAAUACCUCUUUUAUAGGUCAGUGGUUCUCAGCUGCCCGCAGGAACGUUUGCAAGUCUGUGGACAUCUUGGCUGUCAGCGCUAGAGUGUGGGGGUGUUAAUGGCAUCUAAUGUGUGGAGGCUGGGGGUACUGUCGACGUCCCGCAGGACAUAGGAUGUCCCCCGCCCCCCUAAAACUCACACAGCAAAGAACUUCAGGCCCACGUUGGCAACAGUGUUGGGGCUGGGAAAACCCAUAUUGCAAGUCAUUAUAAGGACCAAGUUUAUACCACAGAGGAAUCGCUGGGCACAUAUUGAGUACCUGGUGACUGGCAUCUGUUGACUCUGGUUAUAACCGGUGGAGGCAGGUGACGUGGGUAUGGAGAUGAGCAGUCAAAUCACAGUGGGCAGAGGUCACGUGAUGUGGGCCCAUGAGAUGCUCGUGACCCCAAGGCGACAGUGAGGGUCUGGAUUAUGUUGAGGUGUCAUAUUUGGGGGGAGAAGGUUCAGCAGAAUUUGGAGUUUUUAGAGGAAGGUCUCCUGCAGAAAGGCAAUUAUCUAGAUAAUUGAGGAUUGAACUUGGUUCUAAAUCAGAAUCUUGGGUAAUUUACAAAUAAUCAUGGUAAAUGAGACCUGGUGAUAGGAACAGGUUUGCAGCAGACCGAUGACCGUUUUCAGCACGAAAGCAUCGCCAAACUGUACCCUUAACAUUUCUUUGAAGAGAAUUCUUCAAAAAAAUCCACUUCAUUGCUUUUCGCUAAGCUUUGGGGUGAAAAUGGUGAGGGGGCGGGGGCACAGGGUCCUGGGAGUUUGGAAGGAUGCAGAGACCAUGUUUGGGUUUUCUUUGGGUUUUCUUGGUUUUAACUGGCCGGAUCUGCUUACCUAUGGCUCUGUAGUUUUACUCCAGCUAAAGCCUCGACCUGUCCUGGGAGGUGGGUCAGAACCCCGGCAUGCUGUCACCGCGUGUCUUUUCAUUGGUCGGAGCUAACCAGCAGGCCCCUCCCCCCCCUUCUUCUUUUUCUUUUUCUGCAAGGCUGUGCAGAGAGGAGCGUCUAGACCAGCCUAUGUGAGUGAGGCCUUUUCCUCUGCCACAAAGAUGUGAUACUGAUCUCCACCCUUUAAGCGCCGCGCCCU